AUGGCACAGAAAAACCAAUCAGACUUUCUGAUAUCACAUUUUAUAAUUACUGGUUUUGAUGGACUACAGAACUCACAGUUUCGGAUAACUGUUUUCAUGUUUUUUCUUCUAAUUUACAUCAUGACACUCCUAGGAAAUAUAGUAUUUCUCCUAAUUAUUAAACAAAAUGUUCACCUACACUCACCAAUGUACCUGUUUAUUUGCAAUCUAGCUGUGUUGGAUAUCUGCUUAACUUCAGUAACAGUCCCUCAGGUAAUGCACCAGUUACUAUGGAAUGACAGUUACAUUGAAUUUAAAUCCUGUAUAGUGCAAAUGGGAUUAUUUAUAUGUUUCAAUGUUACAGAGUGUUUUAUGUUGGCAGUCAUGGCUUAUGACCGGUACCAAGCAAUCUGUAAUCCAUUGUAUUAUCCUACAGUAAUGUCCAAUGGACAUGCAUCCAGACUCGCUGUUUCCUGUUGGGUGCCAGGAAUAUUGGUUGGUGUUGGCCAUACAUGGACAGUCUUUACCUUACCAUUUUGUGGACCAAAUAAAAUUGUCUAUUAUUUCUGUGAGCAUUUAUCAAUAAUAAUAUUGUCCUGUAUUGAUGUUAGCACAUAUUCUCUAAUAACUGUAACCUUGGUUCUGGUAAUUAUGUGUAUUGUAAUGUGUUUUAUCGCCCUUACUUACAUGAAAAUCCUUGUAACAGUAACCAAAGUGGCUUCUCCUGGGGGACAUCAGAAGGCAUUCUCAACUUGUGUAAGUCACCUUAUUGUCAUUUUUGUAUUUAUCUGUGUACAAGGUGGGAUAUUAUUGUCAUAUCAAAUUAGAGACAGUUAUCUCAGCUUAUCUGUACUUGUGGGUGUCUUCCAGAACAUAUUUCCACCACUGAUGAACCCCAUUAUUUAUUGCCUGAAAACAAAAGAAAUCAGACUUAGUUUCCUGAAAAUGUUACAAAAGAAUGCCACUAAUAAUUAA